GGCGAUGACGCCACCACGACGCCGAAGCUGCUGCUGCGCCGUCGGCCUUGCGGUGCUGGUCCAUGCAGCUCACAGCAUUGACUACGACUACGACAGCUUUCCCACAAAGUCCGGUGUUAGCAUGUGGGUAGACGUCGAUACCCCCGCGUCCGCGAGGAAGAUUCGUACGUCCCGCGGGGCGACGUGGGAUCUCGUCAUGAGUGACGAAUUCCAAAUCGAAGGAAGGUCCUUUCGACCGGGCGAGGAUCACCUCUGGACAGCUCUCGACAUCCCCGACGGCGUCAACGCCGCGCUCGAGAUGUACAACUCGUCCAACGUGUACACAAAGAAUGGCAAGCUCAUCAACAAGGUCGAGGAAGGACCGACCGUGGUUACAUAUUACAACCAGUGGCUUGAAGUGCCUGGCUUUGAAACACGAACGCUGCAUUACAAAGCCGGCAUGAUGCAGUCGUGGAACAAGUUUUGCAUGCAGGGCGGGCUCAUCGAAGUGUCGGCCAAGCUGCCCGGUGCCAUCAACAACGUGCCGGACGCCGAGCACAAGAGCGUCACGAUGAACCCGAACGCCGUUGGCGAGUACGAGGACCCCAAGACCAAAGUGAAGCGUGCAGUGACGCCUCAGGAUCGCAUCAUCGACGGCGCGUACUAUCCAACGUGGCCUGGCAUUUGGCUCAUGGGCAACCUGGGGCGGGCGCUCUUCUCGGCCUCCACCACGCGCAUGUGGCCUUGGUCGUAUGACGCUUGCGACAAAGAUCUCCCCGACCUGGCAUCCAACCAACUCAUCUCUGCAUGCAACGCGACCCCCGGCUACGGCCUGAACCCGAACCAAGGCCGCGGCGCGCCGGAGAUCGAUGUUCUGGAAGGCGGCGGCGCAGCGAUCUCGUCGUCGAUUCAAGUUGCGCCGGGGAUGCCAGACAACUACCGCCGCAAACCUGUGGUAAAAGGCGGACCCGACGAAGAACCGUGGGGCCUGAACAAGUAUUGCGUGUACGGCAAAGGGUGCAAAACGCCCGGGGCCAACAUGGUCGACACCCCCACGAGUGAGUUUGCGUCGAGAGGGCACAAGAGUUGGUACCAAGGGCUCAAGUACGCUGCCAAUAACCGGUGCCGCCCCAUGGACCAGGACAAGCAAGAUUACAACCAAGUGUACAACUUUUUGCGAAUCGGAAACCUGGUGAUCGGCAGCAAGACGAGAAACGACGGGUACAUUCGAUGGAGCUUGGACGGGUCGCCUCUGUUCGAGAUCCCGGCGGCGUCUUUGACGAGUCCGCCGCAACGGCCCGCGGGGUCGAAUGCGUCCAAAAACCCCGUCAAGGUCAUGGUCGAGGAGCCCAUGUACGUCAUCUUGAACGUCGCCCUCGCCAAAGCAUGGGGCGCGACUCCGCCCAACAUUGACAUCGGGCCGUGCCGCGGCAAUGCCACGCAUCCGCCGCGCCAUUCGUGGGCGUACAAUCAGUCCAACAACAUUUGCGACUCGUUCCCCAUGUACAUGGAGAUCGACUACAUCCGCGUCUACCAAGACAAGAGCUCGAUGGCGAUCGGAUGCGACCCUCCCACGCACCCGACCAAGGAGUGGAUCGACGGCCAUCUCACGUGGUACACGGACGAUCGGAACCCGAUGGUGCCCGUCGCUGGCCGCGCAACGUGCAACAAGGACGACGAUUGCACGAUGGACAACGCGAUGGCGCCGCCGACGGGACGCUGCAGCAACCGCCGAUGCGAGUGCGUCAAGGGCUACGGCGGCCCACGAUGCACGAAACUCAUGAACUUUGACGUGGCGUCGAAAUCGUCGUUUGGACCGUCGACCAUCUACCCCGUGCUGCUGCUGUUGGUGUGCAUCGCUGGCGUCGCGUACAUGCGGGUCCGCCGCAUGAGGUGGUUGACGCGAGCGACCGUGAUUGCCGAAGCCACGGCCGCCUCGACAUUCAUGCCGCUCGCAUCCUAUAAACCUGCCCACGAAUAUGACGACGACGACGACGGGCCGACGACGCCUGUUGUCGCGGGGAUUCGGAGGUACUAUGGCCCCGCGCAUCCCACUUCCGUGGGUGUGCAUGCCCCGUCCAUGGCCUAA